AUGAAGCCUGAUUGGGACAAGCUUAUGGACGCAUUUGCUGAUUCCCCUACCGCACUCAUCGCCGAUGUGGACUGCACUGCCGAGGGCAAGCCACUUUGCGAUGCCAACGGAGUUCGCGGAUACCCUUCAAUCAAGUACGGAGAUCCUUCCGCUUUGGAGGACUACAAGGGUGGACGUGACUAUGACUCCAUGAAGAAGUUCGCUGAUGAGAACUUGAAGCCCAUGUGCUCGCCCAGCAACAUUGAUCUUUGCGACGCCGAAAAGAAGGCCGAGAUCGAGAAGUUCCAAGCCAUGUCUGCUGCUGACUUGGAUGCUGCUAUCGCCGAAAAGACCAAGGCUAUGGACGAGGCCGAGGAGAACUUCAAGACUGGAGUUAGCGAACUUCAAGAGAAGUAUCAAGCGCUCAUGGAAGCCAAGGACAAGACUCUCGAGGAUAUCAAGAACUCUGGACUUGGUAUGAUGAAGGCCGUCAAGGCUUCCUCCGGAAAGAAGGGUUCUGAAGAACUCUAA